AUGGUUCGUCUGCUUAUUCUACCAUGUAUCUUUGCGGUUUCAUCCUUAUCCCUUUGGUACAUGAUAUGUUCAGCACCCGAAUGGGAGACAGACGAUAGUCUUUUCGAAUUACCUCGACAGUUCGACAAUUUUACGGCUUUAGCUGAGAAAUUUCGUGUUUAUAAAGAAAAUCAUUUUGGGUAUAUAACGACUGUAUUUAUUUGUGCAUAUCUUUACAAACAAACAUUUGCCAUUCCAGGAUCAUUUCUGCUGAAUGUGAUUGCUGGAGCUGUCUAUGAUUUGUGGACGGGUUUCAUCCUUUGCUGUUGUCUGACAACACUUGGUUCAACUCUUUGUUAUCUUUUUUCUGAAAUGUUUGGAAGAGAAUACGUUCUUUACUAUUUCGGUCAAAAGCUCACUUACUUACAACAAAAGAUUGAUGAUAAUAGCAAUCGAUUAUUGCCAUUUCUCUUAUUUGCACGAAUGUUUCCCAUAUCGCCGUCAUGGCUUCUGAAUAUCGUGGCACCGUUUCUCAACAUACCGUUGCCCAUCUUUGCCGGAUCUGCGCUAAUAGGUCUGGCGCCAUAUAAUUUUAUUUGCGUUCAAGCUGGAUACAUUCUAUCAGAUCUUCGGUCUUGGGACGAUAUAUUCAGCACAUCGACUAUGCUCAAACUGUGCUCCUUUGCUCUGAUUCCACUUGCAUAUGCCAUAUAUGUCAGACCUCGUGCACAUCGACAUCAGCUCAUACCAGCCAACUCUGAACCAGAACCGCGAAAAAUGGAGAUUGUCUGA